UCGACGGCACCGGGAAUCAGACCAAGAAACGGAUCUAAAUCCACGGUAGAUUUACCGUCGAUAGACCAUCUGCAGUUAUUGUAACGAUCGAUUAUUUUAUUGUGACUGUUUUGACCGAGAAGCCAACACAAUUCCUACAUCAUCCGAUACUGCUUUGCUAAAAAAGUGACAGCUGUGGUCUUUCUGCAUGCAGCAAUAGGUUCCAUCGCCGCUAGGACGAGCCUGCAUCGACUGAGACAUUGUGAUAGGCUGGCUAUAGGAGAAGGAACCGGCUGCAUGCACCUCCGCCUCCCUCCUCCACCGUCAGCAGCGAGGACCGUACCGUUCAGUGCCUGUAUCACCCGUUAACGGGAUGACGCAGUGAACCAAGCCUCCUCACGCACCGAACGCUGGAUUCCGCAUGAGGACUGAAUGAGUAGAAAGAGAGGGAGACAAGAGGUGAUGCUGAUCUAGUGAUGAGAAGGGAACGCCUAUUCAUUUUCCCGAUUGAUUUAUCAGGACCUUAACAGCCGACACGGGGUCUCUACCCGGGUUUCAACAACCAAUUAAUCCCCUCGCACGAGGGAGGACAUUUGUCAUUCCGGGGCGAUGGGAACCGCGCGUGGAUGCCGGACUGCGGUUUAAACGUGCACGUGUCUCUCUCUGAAAGCGCCGCUGUGAUGGAGCACGAAGAAAGUAGCGACGCGGAGGUUGCUGCCGAGCCCCUGCUGCACGGUAUUCACGCGCCCAAUCGGAUCAGGCCCUCGUCGUACCGGGCACUGCGGAGCGCCGUUUCCAGCCUGGCGCGCAUCGAUGACUUCGUAUGUGAGAAGAUCGGGUCAGGGUUCUUUUCAGAGGUGUUCAAGGUGCAGCACAGGAUGACAGGCCAGGUGAUGGCCCUAAAGAUGAACACUCUGGCCAGCAACAAGGCCAACAUGCUCAGGGAGGUCCAGCUCAUGAACCGGCUCUGCCACCCCAAUAUACUCGGGUUCCUGGGAGUGUGUGUACACGAGGGCCAACUCCAUGCUCUAACUGAGUACAUCAACGGGGGUAACCUGGAGCAGCUGCUGGACAGUGACAGGUAUCUGUCGUGGUCAGUGAGGAUGGGUCUGUCUCAGGACAUCUCCUGCGGCCUGCAGUACCUCCACAGCAAGGGCAUCUUCCACAGAGACCUCACCUCCAAGAACUGUCUGGUGCGCUGUGAGAAUGGUGUGUUCACUGCAGUAGUGGGAGACUUUGGUCUGGCAGAGAAGAUUCCAGACUACAGUGACGGGGCUGAUAAGCAGCCUCUGGCCGUGGUGGGCUCCCCCUACUGGAUGGCCCCAGAGGUGCUGAGAGGAGAGGUCUAUGAUGAAAAGGUGGAUGUGUUUGCCUAUGGAAUCAUCCUGUGUGAGAUCAUCGCCCGGAUAGAGGCUGAUCCGGACUUCCUACCUCGCACUGAGGACUUUGGCCUCGAUGUAGAUGCCUUUGAGAACCUGGUUGGUGACUGUCCAACACCAUUCCUCAACCUUGCAGUCCUCUGCUGCAAUAUGAAUGCAAAGAUACGUCCCUCAUUCUCUGAGAUAGUGGUCUUGCUGGAGGGGAUGGAGAGAGGAGAGGAGGAGAGGAAGACAGCCAUCCCUCUGGGCGAUUGUCUCUCCUCAAAACCCGCCACCGUCCACAUCAGCCCCUACCGACGACGGAGUUCCCUUUGUCGCCCCGGCGACCAGCAGUUGUCACGGAGCCAGUCUGAAAUGCUUCCCCAAACGACGCCCCCACUCGGCACCCCGGCCCGGGUCAACCCCUUCUCCCUGCGGCAGGACCUGAACGGGGGCCGCAUCAAGCUCUACGACACCCCGAGCAAGUCUGUCAUCUCCCUGACCUUCACCCUUCCCCAGCAGCCUGAAGCCUGCGCCUCUCCCCCCCUCAGGGGAAACCUCUUACUCCGCGGGCCCCCCCGACGCUGCCAGUCCCUCCCCUGUACCCCCGAGCCGGGGCGAACCCUCUCCCUCCUCCGGGACCCCGACCUGCAGCGCUUGGGGAAAGAGGAAGAAGAGGAGGGGGUAGAGGAGGUGGAGGAUAAAAGGAGGAAGGAGAAGGGUGGGAUGGUGAAGGAUGAAAGGAGGAAGGAGAAGGGAGGGAUGGUGGAGGAUGAAAGGAGGAAGGAGAAGGGAGGGAUGGUGGAGGAUGAAAAGAGGAAGGAGAAGGGAGGGAUGGUGGAGGACGUGUCAGAUGAUUCAGGGCUGCCUCUGGACAUGGUGUCUCUGGGUCCUCUGGAAGAGGAAGAAGAGGAAGGUUUUUCUCUGGGGGAGCCUAUGGACUGCAGCAGGUCUCCUGACACAUUAGAGGGCGCUGUCCCUACACCAGGGAGACUACACCCAGCCUCGUCCUCUUCCUCCCUGUUUCUGCAGCCUAACGGCUGGUGCCACCCAGUCUCCAAUGCCCCUUCCUCCCUCCCUCCUCUCCCUCAUCUGGACAACAACAACAUCUCGGCGAUGGUGGUCGUCGGCCAUCCGAUUGGCUGGAGGGCUAGUGGCUACCGUGCCGCAAUCCCGGGCCCCCCUGCUGGCCCCGCCCCUGAACAAGAUGAGGUAAUUUCCUGUCCGGGAUGCUGUCUGAUUGGUCUGAGCUUUCCAUCCGUGUGCCUGAAGGGGGUGCCGACCCCUCGCCGCGUUCCGCCCCGACGACCCUACCGGAACCUCAACGGGGGGGGCAUCAGUGACCCUUCAGCUGUCACAGCAACCAACGGACUGCUUUGUUGCGGGGUGAACGGUAUCGCUCCUCCGAGCACACCUUGCGUUCCUGGUCUGCCCCUACCGGAGGCACAGACUUAGGAAGGGCUCCCCCUAGUGGGCUGACUGACCAACAACAACAUCAACACCAGUGACAUUACUGAGACUUUGACUGGUUCUGUUUAUUGUCGCUAUUACUAUUUAUUAUUACUAUUAGGAACUGAUAAUGUUGAUGAUUACUACUGCUACCUGAAGUGGAUGAACAGCUUGUGUGUGUGUGUGUGUGUGUGUGUGUGUGUGUGUGUGUGUGUGUGUGUGUGUGUGUGUGUGUGUGUGUGUGUGUGUGUGUGUGUGUGUGUGUGUGUGUGUGUGUGUGUGUGAAUUCAUACAUUUCUUCUCGUAUGUGUGUGUGUGAUUGAGUAGGUGGUGGGGACACUGGUGGUUGUAUUGGGAGUAACAUGGGAGAAGCAGAAUAGGAAACCAGAAGUGGGUUAUUGGUUGUUGACCUAGAGUCAUUUGAUAACUGCAGUGUGUCGCUGGUUUGUUCACUCACUUUCUACACUUUGAAUCUUUCUAUUUGAUUCCUACUAAUGAUUCUUCACUAGUCUGGGUGGUGCUUGAGAUUUGUAUUGAAUUCAAACAGGUGCUUCUUCUUCCCUCAAACCUCAGUGUUCUUCCCUUAACCCACUAUGAUCCAGGUUUCCUCUGUGUUUGUAUGUGUGUUAACAGCUUGUGUAACUUUGAAACAGCAUGAAAAGCAAUUCUCCUAGCUUAUUUACGUAUUGUACUGAUUAUUUCACUCUAAGUUCUGUGUAUGUGUGUCAGAGGGAGAGAAAGUGUGUGUGUGUGUGUGUGUGACUGAAUGACUAAGGUUUGUCCCCUGAUGUCUGUUUUGAAAUGUUAACGGUUCGCAGGUCAUUUCCCCCGUACCUGUGUGUGUGAGAUUAGAGAACUGAGUGUAAUCAUUUAAUAUAAAGUUAGUGAGGUGUACAUAAUCUUUACUAUAAUGUUUUUUUACACUAUUGAUGAGAAUCACUCCACUCUUGAUUUCAUAGGGCUGCUUGUUCCAUACCUGUUGAGGUUGACUGACUGUAUUUGAAAUGGCACCCUAUUCCCUAUAUAGUGCACUACUUUUGACCAGGGCCCAUGGUCAUGUCUCCCUCUGCGGGCCUGGAGGACCCAGGCACACCAGGCCAUUGUGGCUCAGGCUGUGUCUCUUCCUUUCCUCAUAACUCUUUCCUUCUAGGAGAAGCCAUACAUGACCAGACCAGGGAAAAGUCCAGGCUUUAGAUAUAGACCUGGAGGUUUUUCCUAGUCGGGUCACUUGGUCAGGAAAAGGUCCCGGCCAUAUUUAUAUAAUAUUAACUGAUAUGAGGGACUUUAAAAGGUUUAUGACUAUAUGGCUAUAGCUAUUAACAUUCAGAACCAGUUCUAACCACUUAAUCCAGCUAGUGAUCUGUAGGAAAGGAAGAGGAGGAAACAUAAACCGGUGUAUUGGGACGUAGCCAGUCACACUCAACUGUAGUGGCCAGAGAGUCUCUUUAUUACUUCACUGUUUAAACAUCAUGAUUUACAGAGUCUGGACAACUGUGUGCAUCCAUCUAAAGAAUUCCACUGUUCUGUCCCAUAUUGAUGAUGUCAUAAUGACAAUGGUGUGAACACCGACCCAUAUGUCCAUGGAACGACCGAGUCAUGGAGUGUAAUGCACUUUCUUUUUUAAAGCUGAGAAUCUUGUUGAUUAAAACAUUAUUUAUGAAAUCAUGUAUGUAGCUAACUAGUAAACCCUUCUGCUGGCUGGGAUGUUGGUUGGUCUGUUGCUAGUUGGAAUAAUAAUUUAUUAUUAUGUAAAUAUGUGUCUGUUCCUUUCCGGAAACAACCCUUCCCCUCUAGACACUUGUAGAGCUCUGAGAGGACUUGAUAGGAUGAAUCAAUAUAGUGAUAGCUCCACCUUGUCCUCUGAUAGGUGGAAUAUCACCAUAUUGCUUAAACCUGUCCGAUCCUCUCAGAUCUCCACCAGGGCCUAUAGGAAGGGGCUAGUUAGGGGUUGUAUCUGGACAGGGGCUCUGUUGUUUCUACUAGAACCCUUCCUCUACAUACAGACACUUCUGAUUACCAUUGUUACUGUAAGUAUCAUCAUUAUGUGUCUGUAUAUACAGUGCAUUCAGAAAGUGUUCAUACCCCUUGAUUUUUUUCCCCCAUUUUGUUACUUUACAGCCUUAUUCUAAAAUGGAUGAUAUUGUUUUUUUCCACCAUCAAUUGACUGUACACACAACACUCCAUAAUGACAAAGCAAAAACUGUUUUUUUUACAUUUUUGCAAAUGUAUAAAAAAUAAACUGAUAGCA